AUGGAUGAGAAGUUGCGUCUCGAUAUCAAUCCGGGAAACAAGAACUUCACCAAUGCUGCGGUUGUCAUCAUCGGCGCUGGCAUAUCUGGGAUGUGCAUGGCAAUUGAUCUCAUCGAACGCAAUAAAUGCCAUAAUUUCGUAAUCUUAGAGAAGAGCAGCGGAGUGGGCGGAACCUGGCGCGACAAUAAGUAUCCCGGAUGUUGCUGUGAUGUGACGAGCAUCCUGUAUAGCUACUCCUUCGAACAGUCCACCAAGUGGUCGCGGCAGUUUCCAGGACAAGAAGAGCUCUUGGCGUAUCUCACUCACGUUGCUGAGAAAUAUGGGCUAUACAAGUAUAUUCGUUUCAAUUCCGAGGUCACAGAGGCGCGAUGGAGCGAUGAAGAGAAAAAAUGGAAAGUCAGCACCAAAGUUUCUGGCGACAAGGACAACCAGUUCACACGUUCCUAUGUCCUGAGCACGGAUUUCCUCAUCUCUGCUGUUGGACAGCUGAACUUUCCCCGAGAACCAGAUAUCCCUGGGCUGAACGAUUUCCGUGGGAAAAUGAUGCAUUCGGCGCGAUGGGAUUGGACCUAUAACUACGAGAAUAAGCGAAUUGCUAUCAUCGGAAAUGGGGCGACCGCUGCACAGAUUGUCCCUGAAGUGGCUAAAGUUGCUUCGCAUCUUACCGUAUACCAGAGAACUCCGAAUUGGGUAAUCCCUCGAUCUGAUACCGCCAUAUCGCCCCUCGAACAAGCUCUGCUAACGUACCUUCCCCCACUGCGUAUUCGAAAACGCUCCCUUGCUAUGGACUUCCGUGAGAGCUUCCAUGAGGUUAUCAGGGACUCGCAGUCCCAAACCGCGCGGCUGGCCCGCGACAUCACCGCGCAACGUUUACGGACACAGCUGGCGAACAAGCCCGAGCUAUGGGACAAGCUCACACCGAAAUAUGCCCCUGGAUGUAAACGAUUGAUCAUAACAGACGAUUAUUACCCAGCGCUUAGUCGAGAAAACGUGGAUCUGGAGACCAGGCGUAUCCUGCGCAUCACAGAGACAGGGAUUGCUGUAGAAGGCGACUCUCAGCAAGAGUAUGAUCUGAUCAUCCUUGCGACUGGGUUCAAGACCGUAGAAUUUAUGUGUCCGAUCAAGAUCCACGGGUCAAAGGGCCGAGCACUCACUGAAAUCUGGAAGGACGGUGCCUCUGCCUAUUAUGGAGUCACCGUAGAGGACCUGCCAAACUUUGGAAUGUUUUAUGGGCCGAAUACAAACCUCGGACACAGCUCCAUCAUACUGAUGAUCGAGGCGCAAUCGCGGUAUCUCAACGCCCUAGUCGCUAGAGUCCUCCAAGCCCGUACCCAAGGCAAGACCUUAAUCAUAAAGCCAACCGUCCGUGCGCUGCAAAAGUUCAACAUGGAGCUCCAAAAGGCGUUGGCAAGAAGCAGCUUUGCGGAUGCGAACUGCAGUUCAUGGUACAAGACCGAGAACGGCAAGAUCACCAACAACUGGUCUGGGACGGUGGUUGAUUAUCAGCGCAGUCUUUCGCAAGUCCGCUGGGCAGAUUAUGAGGUCGAAGGCACAGCGAAGGACGCUGUCAGGCCUGGAGAAGUGACGAAUCUGGGGCGGGUCCACGAGGAAACGUACAUUAGCAACCGCUCAUUGGUGUUGACAAUAGCAGGUAUGCUGGCGGUUGCCGGUGGUGUCUUCCUUAGAUGGACGAGUUUGGUGCGAGCUCGCUGA